CUGACUUUGUCUGUCAUCACGUUCUGUGUUAUCCUGCCGUUAUGUUGCCACCGACUGGUGUACUCCUACUAUUUUCUAAAGUCGAUGCACCUGGACUCCAUGAGUGAGGAUGUCCUCCGGGAAAGCCUCGAAGAGGGUCAAGAUGCUCUGCGUUUCUGGCAGAGCGCUCCCGCUACGGCGUCGGCCAAAUUCGGCGAAAUGGCCCAAAAUCCGGAGCUGCUGGUCACCGUGGUGACGGCCAGGCGCAACGAGGGGCGGGACUUCCACUACCUGCUCCGGGUGAUGCGGCGGAUAAGCGGCCUCGUGCGGGGAUGCGGGGAGCGGCCGUGUGCGGAGGUGUUGCUCUGCGAUGUGGAAAGUGGGCCCCAGCAGAACCAGGACGCCAUGCUGCUGGAAUCCCACUUCAGGGUGGUUCGACGUCCCCCUCAGGAGCAGCGGACCAACGGGGGACAAAUUAACGUCUUCGAGAAGGAGAAGCAGGAUUACGUCUUUUGUCUUCGCAAAGGAUGGGAGCUGGUCAAGCCCAGAAACGUGGUCGUCCUGGAGGAUGACGCUCUCCCGAGGCAGGACUUUUUCACCGUUGUUAAAGAUCUGCUGUCUCGACGAUUUGCCCUCCACACUCUUUACAUCAAGCUGUAUCACCCCGAGAGACUUCAGCGUUACUGGAAUCCCGAGCCAUAUCGCAUCCUGGAAUGGGUCGGACUCGGGCUGGUGGGGGCAACGGCGCUUCUCCUUGCCGUCUCUCACUGGAACCCCUGCUCUUUUUCCUUCAGCCUGUCGGCCGGCCACCUCCUCUUCUUCACCCUCUACUUUAUGCUCGUCGCCGAGCUCUUCGGGCGGCACUACCUGCUGGAGGCCCGGAGGAUAUCCCCGCAGUUCUACGCCGUCUCGCCGGCCACAGAAUGCUGCACCCCAGCCAUGCUUUUCCCCGGCAACGCCUCGGUCAGGGCAGCGGAAUAUUUGGAUGGCUCGUUUUGCGUCAAAGGCAACGCCAAAGACAUGGUGAUAUACCAGAUGGCGAGGACGAUUCCCGGGGAAACUUCUCACAGCGUGGAACCCAACCUUGUCACACACAUCGGGGCCUAUUCCUCAGUUAGGGCUAAUCCAUCCAGGCCCAAACUCCUAUGA